CCCCUCCCCUCUCGCGUUGUUUCUUUGCGGGAGGGAGAGGAAGGGGAGGAGACUCAAGCUACUACCGCCUCAAACCACCUCUCCGUCCUCCUCGCGUCGCUAGUAAAGCUUGUGCUCCUUGGACGUUCCUUUUCUGCCUUAAAAAUCGGGUGUCUUUUAUGAAUAAUCAAAAGCAGCAAAAGCCAACGCUAUCAGGCCAGCGUUUUAAAACUAGGAAAAGAGAUGAAAAAGAGAGGUUUGACCCCACUCAGUUUCAGGACUGUAUUAUUCAAGGUUUAAAUGAAACUGGUAGUGACUUGGAAGCAGUAGCAAAAUUCCUUGAUGCUUCUGGAGCAAAACUUGAUUAUCGCCGCUAUGCAGAGACACUCUUUGACAUUCUGGUGGCUGGUGGAAUGCUGGCCCCAGGUGGUACACUGGCAGAUGACAUGAUGCACACAGAUGUCUGUGUGUUUGCAGCACAGGAAGACCUAGAAACGAUGCAAGCAUUUGCUCAGGUCUUUAACAAGCUGAUCAGGCGUUACAAAUACCUGGAAAAAGGCUUUGAGGAUGAAGUCAAAAAGUUGCUGCUAUUCUUGAAAGGUUUUUCAGAGUCUGAGCGGAACAAACUGGCCAUGCUGACGGGUAUUCUUCUGGCCAAUGGAACACUUAAUGCGUCAAUUCUCAACAGCCUGUAUAAUGAGAAUCUAGUUAAAGAAGGUGUUUCAGCAGCCUUUGCAGUAAAACUGUUCAAAUCGUGGAUAAAUGAAAAAGAUAUCAAUGCAGUGGCUGCUAGCCUUCGUAAGGUCAACAUGGACAACAGGCUGAUGGAACUCUUUCCAGCCAACAAGCAAAGCCUUGAACACUUCACAAAAUACUUCACUGAUGCAGGAUUGAAGGAACUUUCUGAAUACGUCCGGAACCAGCAGUGCAUAGGGGCUCGUAAAGAACUGCAGAAAGAACUGCAGGAGCAGAUGUCACGUGGGGAUCCCUUUAAGGAUAUCAUCUUGUAUGUCAAGGAAGAGAUGAAGAAAAACAACAUAUCAGAACAGACCGUGAUAGGCAUUAUCUGGUCUAGUGUAAUGAGCACAGUGGAAUGGAACAAAAAAGAGGAGCUAGUAGCGGAACAAGCCAUCAAGCACUUGAAGCAAUACAGCCCUCUUCUUGCUGCCUUUACAACCCAAGGUCAGUCUGAACUGACUCUGUUGCUCAAGAUUCAGGAGUACUGUUAUGAUAACAUCCACUUCAUGAAAGCCUUCCAGAAAAUAGUGGUGCUCUUCUACAAAGCUGAGGUGCUAAGUGAAGAACCCAUCCUGAAGUGGUAUAAGGAUGCACACGUUGCCAAGGGAAAGAGUGUCUUUCUGGAACAAAUGAAAAAGUUUGUAGAAUGGCUCAAGAAUGCUGAGGAAGAAUCUGAGUCUGAAACUGAAGAUGGUGACUAAGUUUUCAAAACUGUCAACAGUAAAGCAAACAGGAGCAGUAGAUAAAACGUCAUGUCUCGUGUCCUUCUGAUUCUUACAUCCUACCUCCCUGUAUCAAGCAUGGUAUAAGGGCUCUCAUGGCAAAUUUAUGUUUGUGUUUUCUAUGGUCAUUAGAGAACACUGGAUUUAGGUUUUCAAAACCAUGUGCUAGUAGCUUACAGGAGCUAUAGAUUUGAUUCUAACAUUGCAUUAGUCUUUUUUUGAGUUACAUUCUACCUCCUGUAUUUUCUACUGUAACAUAAUUUAAGGCCUUCCACAAAUUAAAUUCAUUUUAUCCCUGGGUUUUCUAUAAAAGUUUACAAGUAGACAUGAUUUCAAAAAAUGAAAUUUGUUAUAAAAAUUCUGUUUGCAAAUUAAAUUGUACGAGUAUCCAAAGUCAAGAGGCCAUAUGUUUGAUUUUGUGUGAAAGAUAACUAGACCCAACCAAGAGUGAUGGAUUCCUAAAUCAUCACAUUAUCACUCUCUUGUACGCAAUUAUCAGUGCAAUUUGCUGUCACCUACAAUGUUUGGACUAAGCUCUUUGCCUUCAGCUUCUUGGUUCUGGUAUUCUUGCACAGUCUUAAGCAAGUCCUAGAACUACCUUAUAACGUUCCAUGUUCUCUUCUGCAAAAUCUGUUUUUUUUUCCUUUGCUGUCAGUGGAAACAAAGUAGAGGUUCAGCCUCCGAAUACAGAAAAGUUUGCAACAGCCAUUUAUAAUACUAAGCAAAGCCACCGUGCAGUAAAACAUUUUUCUUGAAGGUUCUAGCUAAAAACUUUCUUACAGCAUUUGUAUUUUAUGUAUUGAACACCUGCAGGUUAAAGAUUCUGUACCAAAAUAUGCUCCAACUAUCAUUUCAUACAUUUAUCUUCCCAAUAAUUGUUUACAUUCUUGAAGAAUGUAUUCCUGUUACCAAGUUUAAGCAAGAUAAAUGAUUUGCUAUCCCUUCUGGAUACUUCUCCCACUAAAAAAGGAUGGAAGGAAACUAGGUAAAUCUUAUUUCUACAUAAGCAUGGGGUAUUUGUGUUGCCCUGUGUGUAAAAUCUUGUAUCAGCACCCUCUUUAUAUGCAAGAGAAGGGAGAAUGUCUGGACUGAACUGGGUCUAAUUGGUAAUAGAGAAAAGCUGUAUGUGUUGUCAGUUUGUUUAUCCAAGGCCACUAGGAAUGGGAUGUUCAGAAUAGCUCUAGGAGAGUCUCUGAUUACACUUGCCAACAUGUGACAUUAACUGAAAUCUCUUACCAGGGAAUGCUCUAGGACAGUGUUUCCCAAAGUGUGGUACGUGUACCCCUGGUGGUACGCGAAAGGGUUUCAAGGGGUAUGCAGCCGAAUGUUUUUUUGUACUUUAUCAUGGGGGUUUAGCGGCAAAAAACAUGUGCGUGUGUUCUUUUAAGAGAAAAUACAGUUCUUGUGAUUUCUCCAGUUUCUCACACAAUCAUGUGAGGGAAGAUCAAUAUAAUAACAGUGGUUUAUCCCGAUGUUAUUCAGCGCGUAGUCUUUCACUCUCAAUGCAUCCCUCCAGUUUCUCAUAAGACUCGGACUCCCUUGCAAUUACUUUGGCCACCAAAAAACGCUUCUAGACAGAUGGCGCCACAAAGAUAUUUAUGCGUAUGCUCGACUACAAAAAUGUUCACUCCGGGAAGUGGGGAAGUGGAGUUUUCCUCUAUCUUCAGCCCUGCAGCGGCCAUCUCGCCAGCCACUUCCCUCUUGGGGAAUCUCCUGCUCUUUGGCUGCAGAGCGGUUUUUUUGCCCAUCCUGCCUGGCCUGCCCGCUCAUCAGCUGUGAAUUUUAGGCAGGAAGUUUCAGUCCCCUGCCUGCUGUUGGGCUGUGUGUCCGAGUGGCUUCCCAGGCAGGAUGGGGGGAAAACCACUCUGCAGCGAAAGAACGGGAGAUUCAAACCUGCUGCAUGCUGCAUGAUUUUCGGCUGGAGUUUCUGGUUUUGGGGGGUCCCUUCCGGGUCUCCAGCUAACUUACCUUAAUCUCCAGACUCUCAGGUAAGUUUCUAGGUCAUCUGGUUCCCAAGAUAUACACCAAAAUGUCACCCCCCCCGAAAUUAUAGGAAUUACGAAUGUGUUAUAAUACCUUACCCCUCUCCCAAUUAUUUUUGUGAAAGUUGGGUAUGCCGGUAAAAUCAAUGUCUCAAAAGGGGUACGCGCAUGUUGAAAGUUUGGGAAACACUGCUCUAGGAGAUACUUUUCCCCAGUUUCCCGGUAUGCCUAGUGAAGAAGGUAAAUUGCUUGUCAAGAAUUGCAAUGAGGCAGUAGCAGCAAGAAGUAGUUCUUACAAUGAAAAUUGUCCCUUGGGCUUGUAUAGCAGUCCAUCCCUGUAUCCAGUUUUAGUUCCCUAACAAGUUUUCCUUGGGGGAAAAGUUUAGCCAAAAAUUUCUGGCCAUAUAAAUCUAGAAUAAAUACCUCAUACAGCAAGCUUGUGCCAUCUAGUGUAUGUACUACCACAGACAAUAGGUGUUAUCCAGCGAGUUCCUAAUUGUGGAAGACCCCUUAAUUGCCUGGGAGUAAGGGUAGCAGUCCUUUUUCAGUUUGAAGGCCACAUUUGCUUUAGGCAACCUCAUAUGGCCAAAAGCAAAGGCAAAAAUGGGAGCAAUUACUGUAAAAUUUACCUUACACAAUUCCUCUCUUCUUCAGGCAAAUGAGCUGGGAUCAAGAGUUCAAGGACAAUUCCAGCCAGGCAAAAAUACUUGAGAAAAGUGGCUUGGGAGGGGGUGAGGCCUAGGGAGUCCCAAAGGCCAGGCAGGCAUAGAUGCCUACAUUUGCUUCCCGGACAGUCAUUAUGAUGAGACCUUGUAGAUCUUGGGAGUGAUUUUCAAUUAGAUGAACAACUGGACAUCAGCGGCCCUUGUAAUGGCAACAAAAUGUCCUUCCUAAAUGGUAUUAAUGAAAUUAAAUUGGGGGGGGGCUACCAAGAGUAAAUUGAUAUGUGAAAGGGCUGUGACCACGGAUCAGAUGGGAUACUCAAAAUUUCUGGGCUUGUAAUUCCUUAAUUCUAAAAAUACUUCAUACCACCUUCUGGUGGUAGAACUUGGGAGUUCAAUUUGCACCAAAGAAUAUUGGAACUUUGCUUGCAGGCACCUUUACAAAUCUUCCUGAAGGAAGUCAACAAUUUAGUUCAGGCUUUGAAAUUUAGAGCACAGCUUGAGGUGCGCAGCCCUAGCUAACAUGUUACUAACAUAAUUUUAAUUGGCGUUUGCCUGUUCUGUCCUGUGUGUGGGAUUGAUCCUAGACAUUUUCGGCCUGGUUUGCUGAGGGAAAGUUGGAACAUAACUGAAUUGUAAGCUUGUCCAGUGCUUUUCUGAACUACGCUUUGGAAUAAUCUAAAAAAAGAAUUCUCCUAACAGGUGAGGACACUGCCCAGUUUAAGGGGAAUGGUGGACAUAUAACGAGGGCUCCCUAGGACUGGCCACCUCGAAAAGAAUUCUUUGGGUCUAGAUUAGAAGCACUUUGUUUACAUGAGGGUUGUUAACCUUUUGUGCAGUAGGGACAUGGCCUACCACAAAAUCACUGCCCAAUUUAGUAAAGCAGAAUGCUAUGCUCACUAAGCACAGAAAUGGAUAUCCAUUUACUGAGAACCUUCACAGAUCCCAUGAAGAGGUACUUUGUGGUUACUGUCACUGACAACCACAUGUGAUACCCCCCCAUUAAAUUCUAUCAUAAACCCACUACCCCAUAUAAGUAUUAAAACAGUCUUAAUAGUAUUGAUUUGCAAUUUCCUCUAUAGUCUACAUAUAGUUAAUGUGCACAUGUUGAACUGGAAGGCAGAACUCAAAAAAAUGUUUGAGAAAUGUAGCUUUCAUUUUUAACAAGGCCUAGGUCAUACUAUAUAGGCUUGAGCAUAGGAUCAAAUGACUGCCUGAAGCAAGAGGUGUGUCUGAAUUAUAUCAAGUAUCCACAGUAUGGGGGAUUCAAGUGUUUUGCCAAUAAACCCUAUGGUAAGCCAGGCUCCACUGUAAACAAAUAGCAGCAAUGGCAUUUCCUUAGGCCCCAGGUUCCUCAUUUAGAGCAACAUGAAUCUGUGGCUGCAUGUAAAGCAGAACCUCCUGCUGCCGCUGCCUCCCCCCCCCCGGGCUAAGACUAUUGUAGGGCUACAGCUCUUUAAAACUUAGAAACAGUGAUAUGGAUAGCCCUGCUCCUAUGCAAGAGGAAGACGACUGCAAGUUCUACUGUCAAAUGUUUUAUUUCAAGUGUCAAGUUAAUGGACAACACAAUAUGAAAAAGAUUUACAGGGCUAAUUACAAAAUAAAUACUUAAAAAAAAUCUUAUUUGCUUUUUGACUGACACAGUCUAUAGUCACCUAGAGAAUUUAUGUUAUUUAUUUCUCCUUUAAUGAAGAAAAGAAAGGAUGCUCCAAAGCUUCUGCAAGAAUAAUUCUUUUGGCUGGGUCAUACUCCAACAUCUUUUG